CUUUCUCUGUGGUCUAUACUAGAUUCUGGAAUUAUUCAAUACCGGUACUUCGAGUGGGGCUAAACAUCGAAUAAAUCAUAAUUAAUGCAAUUCAAUCAUUGGUACAUAUUAUGAUAUUAAAGUACUUGUAUAUUGAAACAAUGAACUGGAAAAUACUGCUUCGCUUACAAAACAGGAAGAGGAGAUACAUCUGAAACUUAAAUUCAAAAAUAUUUCGGUCAAAACACCAUGAAAAUUAUGGUAUGAAAAAAAGAAAUUACAAGUAAUAUUUCCUAUUAGCAAACUGAUUGACCAAAAUACCAUACGAAAGUUAAAUAAGCGUAAUAAACGUUUUAUUCAUCAACAAAAGAUUUGCUGUUGCAUGUGCUGAAUGGUACAGAAAAAAAGAAGAUCCUUGUGAUUGGAAAAUACAACGAAAAUAUAUGUUCACUCAUGUAAAAUUUCAUUCAUAAAUUUGUGGCAGAAGUUGUAGGCUGUUUUGCCGGCAACCGAUAACAGCAAAUUUGCUAUAAAACACACGACGUUAAAAGGUUUUAGCAAGUUUCAUGAAAGUAGAGUAAUGAAGCACAAUAGUAAACAUUUUUAGGUUAAUGCAAUUUCAGAUGAAAGUUAUGCUCGUUUAUGACAGAGAAACAGUAUGUGAGCGAAAUGUGUAGUGAUGUGUCUUCUCUGCAGCAAUAUUUACAAUCACAUUUACAGAUGCACACAAACGAGAAACCGUAUACAUGCGAUACAUGUUCUAUGGCAGUUCCUGAUAUGAGCACUUUAAGAAAGCAUUUACUAACGCAUAAGGGAGAGAAACCAUAUGUCUGUAGUAUUUGCCAUAAAGCAUUUUCUCAGAAGUUUGAUUUAAAGACACAUUUACUAACACAUACGGGAGAGAAACCAUAUCGCUGCGAGAUGUGCAGUAAAGCGUUUUCUCAAAACAGCAACUUAAAGGCACAUAUAUUGACACAUACGGGAGAGAAACCAUAUCGCUGCGAGAUGUGCAGUAAAGCGUUUUCUCGAAACAGCAACUUAAAGACACAUAUACUGACACAUACGGGAGAGAAACCAUAUGUCUGUAGUAUUUGCAAUAAAGCAUUUCCUCAUAAGUUUGAUUUAAAGACACAUUUACUAAUACAUACGGGAGAGAAACCAUAUCGCUGCGAGAUGUGCAAUAAAGCGUUUACUCGAAACAGCAACUUAAGGACACAUUUACUGACACAUACGGGAGAGAAACCGAAUGUUUGUGAUUUAUGCAAUAAAGCGUUUUCUCGAAAGAACAUCUUAAAGAGGCAUUUACUGACACAUACGAAAGAUAAACCCUAUCCUCGUCAGAUUUGUAAUAAGGCUUUUUCUAAGAUGGUUCAUUUAAAGACACAUUUACUGACACAUACGGUAGAAAAACCGUAUGUUUGUGAUUUAUGCAAUAAAGCGUUUUCUCAAAUGGACCACUUAAAGAGGCAUUUACUUACACAUACGGGAGAUAAACCAUAUCAAUGCGGGAUGUGCAAUAAAGCAUUUGCUCGAAACAGCCACUUAAAGACACAUUUACUGACACAUACGGGAGAGAAACCUUAUAUUUGUGAUUUAUGCAAUGACGCGUUUUCUUCCAGAGGAAAUUUAAAGAAACAUUUAAUAACACAUACGGGGGAGAAACCGUAUGUUUGUGAUUUAUGCAAUUACGCGUUUUCUUCCAGCGGAAAUUUAAAGAAACAUUUAAUAACACAUACGGGAGAGAAACCGUAUGUUUGUGAUUUAUGCAAUAAAGAGUUUGCUCGAAAGCUUUAUUUAAAGACACAUUUACUAGUACAUACGGGAGAGAAACCGUACGUAUGUGAUUUGUGCAAUAAAUCAUUUUCUCAAAAGGGCGGCUUAAAGCGGCAUUUAUUGACACAUACGAAAGGAAAACCGCAUGCUUGUGAUUUAUGAAAUAAUGUGUAUUCUGGAAAGGAAAGUUGAAAUAAAGGAACAUUUAUUGACUCAUGCGAAUGAAAAGCCUUUUGUUUGUGAUGACUGUUAUAUGGCAUUUUCGGAUCAGACAACUUGUAAGAGACAUUUACUACAAAAUAGAAGAAACAACAAAUAGACUUUAAAUAGUUGUCGGCGUUGUGUUUAUUACAGGUUUUUCUCUCGCAGAUAGAAAAUAUAAUUUUUUAAAAUCUGUAAAAUAGUUUUUACUGAUGUUUUUUUUUUUUUAUUAUUAUUAUUAUUAAUGUCCGUAGAAGAGAAAACGCGUUCUUGAACCUGAACAAUGAAGAGUAUUUUGAGCAGAGGAAUUAAAAAAAUACUGAAAACUCAAGUUUAAGAAAUCAUGAUUAUUUAUGUAAUAAAUAAUAACGAGUUCAGCAUGUGUACACCUGUAACUUGCUUAUUAAAAUAUUUUUUGAAACUUCUUGAAGGAAACAUUUUUUAAUAGAUACGAAAAUUAAGCCGUAAGAAUGUGACUUGUAUUAAAACUUUUUCUGCGAUAAGAAAAGAAAUUACAUGUAAGGAAGAGAAAUCGUGACAUUUUUUCCUCUCUCUCUUCUGAAGAAUGAUUUGAAGAAUGCAUUUUACUGAAUACUGUAAGAACUUUCGUAUUUAUGAAUUAAACAGUAAGAUUAUACGACUUUUCUGUGCAGGACAUUUCCAUGCCGAUCAUAAAACUAUCAGUCAAUGGUUUUUUGAAAUCGGGUAGUGUCUCUGAAAA